AUGUGUGAGGGUAACGCUGAAGAUGAAGCAGCGUGGCUGCAGUCUGAUGAUGAUGAGGAUGCAGGAGAAAAAGGACCUUUGCACAAGAAGCCUCGAGUCUCCACAGAGGUCUCGGAGAACACUCUAUCCGAGCAAAUUCUUGAGGGUUCUAGUGGAACAGGCGGAGGUGUAGCUGCCACGUCAGAACACCGUGCGCAGGUAGCGCCCAGCAAGCCCUUGCAACAUUUGCCUCACUCAAAAAGGCCCGCCUCGAUUGCAGCAAUGAAAUGGACCUCAGAUGAGCUAGAGGCCACUGCUGCACUGUUUCAGUUGCGAGUAGGGCAUGAAUAUGCAGUCCGUGUGGGUCCAGUAGAGGGGAUUCCGGGCACAACACUGUAUAUAGAACCGAAGGGGCCACCGCAAGUAACGAGUGUCCAGGAAGGAAAACAAUCCAAAAGAAGAAUGGUGAAGCUUGCUACUUUCUUAAAGACGUCUAGAUCUGCAGGAGGAGCUGCAUCUAGACCUGCAGGAGGGCUUGCAUCUGCACCUGCAAGUGGAACUGCACUUGGGCCUUCAGGCGGACCUGAAUCUGGACUGGCAUCUGUACGUGCAGGUGGAACUGCAUCUGGACCUUUAGGCGGACCCAGUUCUGAACCUGAAGGUGGAUUGGCAACUGCGGCUGCAGCACGACCUAUAGCUGGACCCCCUUCUGGAUCCUCAUCUGAGCUGAGAGCUUUACUUUCCCGGGUCCCUGAAGAUCAAACUUCAGCUGUAACUGCAACUAGCAGUGCAGUUGGAACUGCAGAAGGGACUACGCGUGGACCUGCACCUGGUACUGCGCAAGGAACUACUCAUGGAACAGCACCUGGUACUGCGCAAGGAACUACUCAUGGAACGGCACCUGGUACUGCGCAAGGAACUACUCAUGGAACUGCACCUGGUACUGCGCAAGGAACUACUCCUGGAACUGCACCUGGUACUGCGCAAGGAACUACUCCUGGAACUGCACCUGGUACUGCGCAAGGAACUGCUCAUGGAACUGCACCUGGAAUCACAGGUGGAACAGCAGCUGGAACGGAAACCGGAGUUGCAGCCGCAGCUGCAACUGGUGAUGGAGAUAAUUCGCUGCCUGGGACUUCCAGAGCGGCAGGGGAUGCACCUGUCGUUGAGCAUCUAUACUUUCGCCUGCCAAAGGUAGAACAAACACUAGAGCAGAGACUAGGCAUUCUGCACGUGAGACCCGACAUUGCAUCUGAGAUGAAUGUGGCCCCCCUGAGCCCAGUUUCAUUAUUGCGCAAAGCACACAAUCUGCUCAUAAAAGAUUGUCUGACAAGGGAAGAACUGCAGGAUUUGAUAAUGACAACAGAACUGUUGGUGCUGCACGCGAUGCAGUACCAAAGGCGUUCUCUACCUCAGGACCGCCCUUCACGCGCUGUUGCAAUGCUGGGGAUGCGCUUCCUGAUUUUCGAUAUUAUUGUGUCGACGUUGAAUAUUAUAGGACAGCCAGCUCGAGGGCCCUGGUGGGAACGUUUAAUUGCAAGUGUUCCUCACUCCUAUAGAGAGAUAGUUUUACCAGAAAACGCCAGAGGUGAUGCGAAAUUCAACAAAAUGCUUAUCUCCCGCUUGGUGGCCUCCAUAGCAAUAUUGAAAACUGGGAAGCGGCCGUUUAAAGGGGAAGUCAUAGAGCUAAAAAUGCUUUUGUUCUUCCAUGAGUUUUCCCCGUCGCGUUUCCGAGAGGAGCAGUUCAGUUUUUGGAAACAAGAUCAAGAGCCACCUGAGAAGUAG